ACUUGCUUUGUAGACUAUCUUUUCAACCGGAAGUUACAGAUCCAUGCUGUUGUUGAACAGAUUUUUACCUAUUUGUUGACAAGCAGCUGUAUAUUCAAUACGAACUAUCAGCUUUCAGCUGAUUAAGGUUUAACGUAUAUGAUUGUGUCAGUUCAACGAUGGUUAAACCGAAGAACAAAAAUAAGAAAAAUCAAAACGAAGACUUUGAAGACGAAGCCGAGUUAGAUCUCGUAGAAGGAAAUACUGACAGUCAAGACCCAAUUCCACAAGCCAAACAAGGUGGUAAAAAGAAGAAAAACAAGAAAAAGGAUAAUUGGGAGGAGGAUGUGGCAGCAGAGAUACAAUCAUUAUCACUCCAGUCCAAAGGAAACAAUAAUAGUGAGGAGGAGGAGGAGGACAUACAACCAGUGAAAAAGAAAAAGGAAAAGAAGAAGAAGAAGAAGGCAGACUCUGAUGAAGAAGAUGAGGAAGAGAAUAUGGGGAGAAAAACAAAAGCCACAUUCCAGAUGUUGAUGGUGGAUGAUGACGACAAUGAUCUACCAUCAGAGGAGGAUAAUGAAGAAGUAGAAGUCAUUUUAGAGGAACCUAAAGAAGAGCCAAAGAAGGAAGACACAAAUAAAAAAGACAAGAAAGGAAAGAAAGGGAAGAAGAAGGGUCAGGAAGAGGAAGAUUUAGAUGCUAUAUUGGCAGAAAUCGAUAAACCCAAGGAAAAAACUUCAAAAAAGAAAGGGAAGAAAAAGAAAGGUGGAGAUGAGGAUGAAGCCAUGGAAACUGAGGAAAAAACAGUGGAGAAUGGAAAUCAAGAGGAGUUAGAUAUGGAGGCAAAGUCAGAGCUUAAAGUUGUCUCUAUAGAAGAUAUAGAUGAUGAUGAAUAUGACAAAAAGAAAAGGAAAAAGAAAGGAAAGAAAGAUGAAGUGAAGAAGACAGAGGAGGAGGAAGAAAAGGAGGGGGAAGGUGAAGAUAAAGGGGAGGAUCAAGAUGAGGAGGAAGGUGGAACAAUGAAAACUGCUGCCCAAAAACGAAAGGAGAAAAGAGAACGAGAGAAGCUUAAGAAAAUGCAGGAGAAGAAAAAGUCUAAACCUAAAGCAGAAAGUAAAGAGUCAUUUGAUCCUGCUACUGGCACCAGUGAGGAGAAGCAAGAAAAAGUUGAAGCUGAAGCAGAGCAGACAGUAGAGGGAGAAGAGGGUGACAAAGAAGAUGAAAAGGAUGAAAAGAAGAAGAAAAAGAAAGGAGAAAAAGAUGAAAAACAGAAAAAGAAAAAAGCUCCAGUUGCUGCAAUUAAACUGAUGCAACAAAAGUUAAAGGAAGAAGAGGAAAGAUUGAAACUAGAGGAGGAGGAGAGAAUUCGUAAAGAAGAGGAAGCCAUCAAGCUUGCUGAGGAAAAGAAAAGGUUAGAGGAAGAGAGAAAACUGAAGAAAAAGCAGAAAGAGAAGGAAAGGAUAGAGAGAAUGAAGCGGGAAGGAACAUAUUUAACAAAGAAGGAGAAACAAGACAAAGCAAGAGCAUUGCAGAUGUUGGAGCAGAUGAAAGCAGCAGGAAUUGAAGUGCCCAGCAAGGAUGAUGUUCCAAAGAAGAGACCAGUAUAUGACACUAGAAAGAAAAAGAAACCACAACAGAAAACAGAUGAGGAAUCCUCAGAGAUUAAGUCAGAAAGUCCUGAGGAGAUGACACCAGAACCAGAAGUCAAAGAAAAUGUCAAAGAGGAGGCCAUGCCUGUUGAGGCAGAGGAGGAAGAUGAAAUUAAAGAUGAUUGGGCUGCGAGCAGUGAAGAGGAGGAGGAGGAGGAAGAUGACAAGUCCACAGAGGAGAAAGUGGAAUCUAAGAAAGUGGAAGUAAAAGUGACAGAAAGUCAAAAGCAAAAAGAGGAGGAAGAUGAAGAUGAAGAGGAUGAUGAUGAGGAUGAAGAGGAGGAAGAGGAGUCAGAAAGUGAAGAGGAGUCAGAAAGUGAAGAAGAAGAUAUGACACCCAUAGAGAGGGCAAGAGCCAGAAUCAUGAAAAGAAAAGAAGAGGCAGAGAAGAGGAGGAGCCCCGAUGUACUGCGAGCGGCUGUGAUCUGUGUACUGGGUCAUGUAGACACAGGCAAAACAAAGAUCUUAGAUAAGUUGCGCCGUACACAUGUUCAGGAUGGAGAGGCUGGGGGAAUUACUCAACAGAUUGGUGCUACUAAUGUUCCCCAGAGUGCUAUCAUGGAACAGACAAAGAUGUGCAAAGAGUUCUCCAAGAUGGAAUUGAAAUUACCAGGUCUUCUGAUCAUUGACACACCUGGACACGAGUCUUUCAGUAAUCUCCGAUCUCGGGGGUCUUCUCUCUGUGAUUUUGCCAUUCUGGUGGUUGACAUAAUGCAUGGUUUGGAACCCCAAACUAUAGAGUCCAUCAAUCUUCUCAAGGAACGGAAAACGCCAUUUAUCAUUGCUCUUAAUAAGAUUGAUAGGUUGUACCAGUGGAAACCGAUGCCCCAGACUGACAUUGUGAAUACAAUAAAGAAACAGACUCCCAAUACAAAAUCCGAGUUCGACACCAGGACAAGGGAGGUCAUUGUACAAAUGGCGGAACAGGGCAUCAAUGCUGCAUUAUUUUAUGAAAACAAGAACGUGAGGGAGUAUGUGUCCUUGGUGCCCACCUCUGCCCACAGUGGAGAUGGCAUGGGCAACCUUAUUGCUCUACUCUGUGAGUUGGCUCAGACCAUGAUGGCAAAAAGACUUGCCUACAGUGAAGAACUUCAAGCCACAGUCAUGGAGGUGAAAGCCUUGCCUGGGUUGGGUACCACUCUUGACAUUAUACUAGUCAAUGGUUCAAUUCGAGAGGGAGAUCAGAUCAUUGCUCCAGGUACAGAGGGACCCAUAGUCACUCAUAUACGCGGCUUACUGAUGCCCCAGCCAAUGAAAGAGCUGAGAGUCAAGUCCAACUGGGAGCAUCAUAAGGAAGUAAAGGCUGCACAAGGAGUGAAGAUCAUUGCCAAAGACCUGGAGAAAUCCCUGGCUGGUCUCCCAAUGUAUGUGGCUAAGAGAGAUGAUGAAGUCGAAUAUUACAAGGAGGAACUGUCUACAGCUCUCAAAGAGGUCUUGAGCGGCAUUAAGCUGACGGAGAGGGGAGUCUUCGUCCAAGCAUCCACUCUUGGUUCACUAGAGGCUUUGUUGGAAUUCCUUAGGACCUCCAAAAUUCCAUAUGCUGGCAUUAAUAUUGGUCCAGUGCACAAGAAGGAUAUUAUGAAGGCAUCUAUUAUGUUGGAACAUGACAGUCAAUAUGCUGUGAUUCUGGCUUUUGAUGUACGGGUAGAGAAAGAAGCUCAAGAAAUGGCAGACAGUUUAGGAGUAAAAAUCUUCACUGCAGACAUUAUUUACCAUUUAUUUGAUAGAUUCAUGGCUUAUAGAGAUGAACUUAAGAAAAAGAGACAAGAUGAGUUCCGACAUAUAGCAGUGUUUCCCUGCAAAAUUCGGGUACUGCCUCAGUAUGUGUUUAAUUCUCGGGAUCCCAUUGUGGUUGGGGUUUCAGUGGAAGCAGGUUUCCUGAAAGAAGGUACACUAUUGUGUGUGCCAAGUAAAGAGUUCAUAGAAAUUGGCAAAGUAGUUUCCAUAGAAAAUAACCACAAAGCAGUUGAUAAAGCAACCAGGGGAAUGGAGGUCUGUAUCAAGAUCGAAGCAAUACCUGGAGAUUCACCCAAGAUGUUUGGACGACACUUUGAUGAAACAGAUUUGUUAUAUAGCAAGAUCUCAAGACAGUCAAUUGAUGCUGUAAAAAACCACUUCAGAGAAGAAAUGACAAAACCUGACUGGCAACUCAUUGUUGAAAUGAAGAAACUCUUUCAGAUUUUAUGAAAAUCUAAAUGUUUUGAUUGUGCUGGUUUGGUUCACAUACAAGAUAUGACUAUAGAAGUUUAGAACCUUGUGGUCUCACCACCAUCUCCCAAUCACACAAAACAAGGAAACAAGAAUCAUUUACAUAAUUGCAAUUUUAGUUGCCAUACCUUUAAUUGUUUUCUGAUGUACUAUGGAUGUACACAAAGAAAUUAUUGAGUACAUUAAAUCAAUUUUUCAUAAGAGAGUGUCCUUUUUUUGACAAGGCAUGUCUGCUAUGAAACAUGCACAGCGUCUUUGAAGUAUUGAAAGUAAAUUAUUGUUUAAAACAUGGAAAGAUUUAUUUAUAUGUAAUAAAAUCAAGAAAGAUCUGAA